AUGUCGAGAUACGCCCAAGCGUUUAUAGAUUUUGUCAACGCGUCGCCAACUCCGUACCACGUGGUCGACACUGUGAAGAAGAAGCUCCAGCAGGCCGGCUUUGAGGAGCUGUCUGAGCGCAACAAUUGGGACAGAACAAUCGAGAGGGGAUCUAAGUACUAUGUGACCAGAAACGGCUCCUCAAUUAUUGCCUUUACGGUGGGAGGCGCAUACCAGCCCGGAAACGGUGUUUCCAUCGUUGGGGGGCACACGGACUCGCCAGUUCUGCGCAUCAAGCCGAUUUCCGACCAGAGAAAAGAGGGCUACAUCCAAGUCGGCGUUGAAACGUACGGCGGAGGAAUUUGGCACACCUGGUUCGACAGAGACCUGAGCGUGGCAGGCCGCGUUUUUGUGAACGAGAACGGCAAGUACGUGCCGAAGCUGGUCAAGAUCCGCAAGCCGAUCUUGAGAAUACCCACUCUCGCUAUCCAUCUCACCAAGGAGAGAUACACCAAGUUCGAGUUCAACAAGGAGACACAGUUCAAGCCGAUCGCGGGCCAGUGCCAGGAACAACCCAAGGACGAGGCUGGCUGUUGCGGAGGCGAGCCGCUCAGCGAGGACGAAUACCAGUCGCUAAAGAGCGUCGUCCAGAGACACAGCAAGGAGCUGCUCGAUCUAAUUGCGGCAGAGCUGUCUGUGGACGUGGCGCAGAUCGAGGACUUUGAGCUGAUACUCUACGACACGCAGCAGUCGACGAUCGGCGGUCUCAACGACGAGUUCAUCUUCAGCCCGCGGCUCGAUAACCAGGUCACGUGCUACUGUGCUGCCCAGGGGCUCAUCAACUCUGUCGAGGGUCUGGGUAGCCAGGAGGGAAUUCAGAUGAUCUCGCUGUUCGACCACGAGGAGAUCGGCUCGUUGUCGGCCCAGGGCGCCGACUCGUCGUUCUUGCCCAACGUCCUGGAGAGGCUGACGCGACUGACGGGCCUGACAGGCGACAAGAACGACCACUCGUCGUGUUUCCUGGAGACGAUGGCGAAGUCGUUCAUUCUGUCCUCGGACAUGGCCCACGGCGUGCACCCUAACUACACAGAGAACUACGAGAGUCUCAACAAGCCGCAGCUCAACAGGGGCCCGGUGAUCAAGAUCAACGCCAACCAGCGGUAUGUCACGAACUCGCCGGGAAUUGUGCUGCUGAAGAAGGUUGCCGACCUCGCGAAGGUGCCGCUGCAGCUGUUUGUCGUGAGAAAUGACUCUCCGUGCGGAUCGACGAUCGGCCCGAUGGUGAGUGCCAAGCUUGGAGUGCGCACGCUCGACCUCGGCAAUCCGCAGCUGAGUAUGCAUUCGAUCCGUGAGACGUGCGGCUCGCACGACAUCGCGAAGCUCGUGCUUCUGUUUGAGAGCUUUUUCGAGCACUUCUACCACCUCGAGCAGAGAAUAGAGGUGAACUAA